UUAAUGCUGCACCACGGGCAAUGUGCGGGGCAGUGCCGUACCGCUCUACCCCACGGGGAGCGUGCCGUGCUGGACAGUGUGACGGGGAACACAUAAGGCCAUGGAGCGCUGCAGGAAGCGUGCGCUGCAGUGCCAUGCCAUAGGGGGAUGCAGUGUGCUGGCGUGGGGGAGAGCGAAACAGUGUUGCAGAGGUGGCCUUCUGUUACCGAGAACGUGCGAUGCCAGUGCCAUAGGAGUUACUGAAGGAGCUGUGCAGUGCAGUCACAGGAGGGUGCAGUACCACAGCAGUUGCAGGCAACAUUGACGGGUACAUGUAGUGCAGACCUACACUGAAAUGGCAUCUAUCCCCCUUGGCUUCAACAUUGACAUCCCACGCUGGGACCAGAGCACUUUCAUGGGGCGCCUGAAGCAUUUCUUCAACGUCACUGAUCCACGGACAGUGCUGGUGCCAGAGAAGGAGUUGGACCAGGCCAAGGCCGUGGUGGAAAGCUGCAGGGCCGGGCUGGUGCCACCAGGAAGCAGCCAGGAGCAGCUACUUUAUGCCAAGAAGCUCUACGACUCAGCCUUCCACCCUGACAGUGGUGAGAAGAUGAACCUCAUCGGAAGGAUGUCCUUCCAGGUGCCAGGGGGCAUGGCCCUCACUGGAUGCAUGCUCCAGUUCUACCGGACGGUGCCUGCUGUGGUUUUCUGGCAGUGGGUGAACCAGUCCUUCAAUGCCAUUGUCAACUACACCAACCGCAAUGCCGCCUCCACUGUCUCAGUGAGGCAACUCGGGGUAGCUUACAUCACAGCCACUGGUACAGCUCUGGCCACUGCAGUGGGACUCAACCUUUACACCAAGCGAGCCCCCCCAUUGCUGGCCCGCUGGGUGCCCUUUGCAGCCGUGGCUGCUGCCAACUGUGUCAAUAUCCCCCUGAUGCGUCAACAAGAAAUCAUCAACGGAGUCACAGUGACAGACAAGGACAACAACGAGCUUGGCCAAUCCAGGAGGGCAGCAGUGAAGGGCAUUGCACAGGUUGUGGUCUCCAGGAUCACCAUGGCGGCACCAGGCAUGAUUAUUUUGCCCAUCAUCAUGGAGCAACUGGAGAAAAUCCCCAUCAUGCAGCGGAUCCGGGUUCUCCAUGCGCCUCUGCAGAUGCUGCUCUGUGGAGGCUUCCUCCUGUUCAUGGUGCCAGCAGCCUGUGCUCUGUUCCCUCAGAGAUGUUCUCUGGCAGUGGCUGACCUUGAGCAGGAGCUGCAUGACAGCAUCAUGGCCAAGCAUGGGGACAAAGUGCCAUAUGUCUAUUUUAACAAGGGACUGUGAAUGAAGACUACCUCACGAGCUGUGACGUCCCUUUAGUCCCCUGUGCCUGCCAGCUCUGUGUCCCCUGAUCAGGGCUCAGAGGCACAGUUCAGCCAGAUCUGCCCCCCAGCCCAGCACCCUCUCUGCUGCCUCCGUCCCCUGGAGGGGCAGGAUCUCACUCUGUGUGCCCAGCUUGCAGCACUUUGGCUCGUCCUGAGCCUCCUCCUCUAUGCAGCUGGUUGAGUCUUUGUCUCCCCAUGUCUCUUGUGCCCUGGGUGGUGGCUGUGCAUCCUGUGCCUUUCUCCUGCUUUGUGCAGGACAAUCUGCCAACUUGUCCAAGCUCAUGUCACUGGGUUUGGCCAUGCAAGACAUCAGGUUUUCUUCCUCGGGGCUCAGAGUACAGUCCUACCUCCAAAAGCAGGUGACCUGUCAUUGUGCCAGGAGCCAAACCACACUGCUGCCUUAAACCACCAUAGUGGCCUCUUGGCAAGAGCUGGAUCAUGCCUUGGCACAUGGGAAGGCACUUGUCCCCUUUGUACAGGGAACACCCCAAAGUCCAGGGACCAAAGCUUGGACCAUGCCUUCGCUGCUCUCAGGGUCAUGUUUUACUUACUUUCCAAUUGCCACAAUCCAGGAGCAAAAUAGCUCAUUGUUUUUAAGCUGUAAUUUAUGCAGCCUACCCAUUCUUCUGAGCACAGCAGCCAGCUGACACCCUUGUUCUGUACCUCACUGUUGCCAUGGUAAGACCAAAGACCUGCAGGUUUGGACAGAGGGUAGGAGAUGCAGUAGUUCUGAAAGUCACAAACCUGUUGAGUUAUGAACUCAUGCUCUGAAUUGCAGCACAACAAAUGACAGAGAGGAGGACUGGAAAAUAAAGUGUGAUUUUUUUAAAAAACACAA